AUGAUCGAGGAUGUCAUCGUUUCCGAUCGAUUGCAUCUAAUCGAUCUCGGAGUGAUGCGAAAAUUAUUGCAGGGGUGGCGAGCGGGUGUAUUUUUAAACGUGGCAAAAUGGUCGUCGGAUAAAGCGAAAGAAAUAUCUACUAGGCUUACAAAAAUAGUGCUUCCCAGUGAGAUUCAUAGGAAAUUCCGGACCCUUAACGACAUUCAGAAUUGGAAAGGGUCCGAGUAUAGUUCCUUCUUACACUAUGGAAGUAUUGUAGUUUUAAAAAAUAAUGUAAGUAAGGUAGUUUAUGAGCACUUCUUGCUGUUUUAUUGUGCGAUAACAUUAUUAUCGUCUAAUGUGCAUAGGAGGAAGUGGGAACAGGCUGGACAAAUGUUGAUCCAGUUUGUGUCCCAAUUCAACGAAGUGUAUUCGGAAGGGUAUGUCACAAGCAACGUGCAUAAUUUGGUACACGUCUAUGACGAAGUGGCCAAAUUUGGUGCACUAGGAACCUUGUCGGCAUACCCUUUCGAAAACGAGUUACAGCAUAUAAAAAAUAUGCUCCGUAACGGCUACAGAGGCUUGCAGCAAGUAGCAAAUAGACUUUCGGAAUUAGAUAAUUUUAAUAUUAGGACAGGAAAUCAACCAAAUGAUCCAAGAAGCGCAUACUUGACAAAAUCUGGAAAUAAUUUACCAUUGUUUGCCGAAGAUCGCGUAAUUCAACUGUAA